CAGUGAAAUAUUUUUUUAAAAUAAAAAUAAGUCACUUUUAUUUUUAGAUAAUAACUAUGAAAGUGUUUUUCUGUGUUUAUGCAUUAUUGACUUAUUAUUGUUAAGUAAUUUUUAACUUAUGAGUUGUUUAUAAGUAAUUACGGAGUACUUUUUCGAGUAACUAUAAUGAACUAAAUGACAAAGAAGCUAUUUAAAAAUAUUCAUAAAAAACAAGAGAUAGUUUUGUAAAUAAUCUGAUUUGAAUGAGAAAAUGAAAAAAUGGCUUAAAAAUAAUUAAUAGCCUUUUUCAAUUAGUUGUGUGUAUGUAACCAGUCCCAAUUUUCGUGGUUAGAUGUUCAACCGAAGAUGAGGGCCAUUGUUCAGCGAGUGGCAUCUGCCAGUGUUGAGGUGGAAGGCCGUCUUGUAUCCGCCAUCGGCCCGGGUCUCUUGGUCCUCGUCGGACUUCACGACUCCGACAGUGACGCCGACGCUGAUUAUAUAUGCCGUAAGGUGCUGAACAUGAGAUUGUUUCCUAACGAAGAGACUGGGAAAACAUGGGAUCUCAGUGUUAUUCAGAAGAAUCACGAAAUUCUGUUAGUGAGUCAGUUUACAUUAUGUGGGAUUUUGAAGGGAAAUAAGCCAGACUUUCAUUUAGCAAUGCCUCCAGAUAAAGCAAAACCCUUCUAUGCAGCUGUGGUAGAGAAGUUCAGGAAAACUUACAAACAUGAUGCGGUCAAAGAUGGCAUAUUUGGUGCAAUGAUGAAGGUGAACUUGGUCAAUGAUGGUCCGGUUACAAUGGAAGUUGACUCAACCCAGAAGACAAAAUGAAGGAAUGCAUAAUAAAUGGCAUGGAACUUCAAUACAAGGUAUUGCACAAGUGUUCAUCUGUUUUAUCAUGAAGAAUAUUGAUAUUUUGAAGUGUCUUGGCUUUAACACAAACUUUCAUUGUACUUACAAAAAGUGAAGUGCAUUAGAACUGAAAAUCUUUAAUGAUUCUAUAUCAUAUUUUCAAUAUAUCCUGUUCGCCAAC